CUCCAAUCCUUUUUUACUUUCGCCUAUAUAAAUCAAUGCUUAAAUCCCACCAAAAGUAUACCAAUAUCUUUCGAAUCUCUAGACACUAGAGUAGAUGGCAGAUGCUAUUAGAUUGUCGGCGUCGUCGUUUCAUUGUUCAACGUUUCUCACUUCCUCCUAUGCAUCCACCACCUUGAACUCUCCACAAGCGGCUUUUUCUCUUUCACCCAAAUUUAAUUUUGAUAGGAAAAUCUGUAAUCUUUCUUCUUCUUUUGCCGGCGUUGCUCCUCUUCCUUUGAAUUCCACUAAGCAUUUGCUGUCUUUCAAGGUGCAUGCAACUAUGACUGAAACAAGCAAACCCAAAUGGUGGGAGAAAAAUGCAGGGCCGAAUAUGAUUGACAUUCACUCUACUCAAGAAUUUACGACUGCCUUAAAUGAAGCUGGAGAUAGAUUAGUUAUUGUUGAGUUUUAUGGAACUUGGUGUGCUUCUUGCAGAGCUUUAUUUCCCAAGCUCUGCAAAACUGCCCAAGAACACCCUGAAAUUUUGUUCCUCAAAGUCGAUUUUGAUGAGAAUAAGGCUAUGUGUAACAGUUUGAAUGUUAAGGUGCUUCCUUAUUUCCAUUUCUACCGUGGGGCGCAUGGACAACUCGAAUCAUUUUCGUGUUCGCUUGUCAAGUUUAAAAAACUUAAGGAUGCUAUUGAAAUGCACAGACAACCGUGAGAAAACGCUAGUCCAUUUAAGGGAGUUGGAGACUUGAAUGCUGAAUCUGUAUCAGCUCCGUUCGAAAAGCCUGCAGCAUCAAACUAAACACGUACGUGUUUCGUUACAUAGUAUGCUGAUUGCCAUGAUAUUUGCCUCUGCAGUAUCAACAUAUUUCUGUAUUUUCCCAUUUUUAUAAGUAGAAAAGAAUAUACUAGGUAGAAAUUCUUAGCUAGCUGCAUUCUUUUUCAGUCUUAUUCUACCCCUUGUAAUGUAACCUCGAAAUUCAAUUGUAAAUCAGAUUCACAUGUCUCUGUUGGAUUAGUAUUUGUUUUUGGUACAGGGGUGUAGGCUACCCAACUUGUUUUAUUUAUAUAUACACAGCAAAAACAGACGCCUGGAUCUGAUCUUUCACGAAUUUGGAGUUAUUAAAUCUACUUAAAAUCUGAAAAUUUAUCGUGCUGGCUGGCACUUGCCUGACAGCAAUGAAACCUAGCAAGGAGCUCAAAUAUAAUAAAUUAUAUAAAAAAAAAAGGGAAGAAUUGCUGUGAAGAUAUGUGGCUAACUUUGAAGGCAAACUACAAUGUUUUUUGUUCUCUUCUAGUUGGCUUUGCCUUUCUUGUGUGAACCCUCAAUUUAUUGUUGGAAGAGUUUGUACUUUCUCUACUUUUUUUUUGCUCCUCUCCCUUCAUUAAAAGCAACAAUAUUCAGACAAAGCCAAACAUAAGAAUCGGCACUUUUGGUGGUUAAGAACUAUCAACUUUGUUUCUGAUCCAUCAUUGUAUUCACAAUUUCAACAUUGCCAUUUAAUUCAACCACACUCUGCGGUAUCUUGUACGAAUAUCCCACUUUCUGAUUACAAAAUUCUAGACCAUGGAUGUUUGAUAGGCCAUUAACAACAGUUUCCAACUACAUGCAUGUCGUCACAGAUUGAAAAACUGUCUCAAAAGAAGAUGAAAAUGGUGAAUUUCAUCCACCACCCACAAACACAAAAUUAAACUACAGCUGGAAAAUGGACCCCUUUCCACUUUCCAUACAAUGAUAUCAAGUCCACUCCAAAAGAACAGAGGAAUCUUUGCCCCAUCCUUGAACUUUUAAAAGGAUCAUCAAUCAUAUCAGCUUAGCUGCCUCUCAUUUUCGUUUUUCAUUUAUUAAAAGCUCAAGCAUCUCAUCCAAAUCCAUGAACACGACAAAAGAUAAAACAGAGACAAUAAUUUAAAGUUGCAGCAGAUAUUACAAUGCAUCUUCACAAAAGAUUAAAACUUUUUAUUAAAUGGCUGAUUCCGUUUUCAUGGUUGGACUUGGUUUCCUAAACCGAUUCCGUUUCUUCUUCGUCAAUAAUCCAUAUCAUGCUUAGAUAUAGCUUAUAUUAUUAAGAACUGAAAUCUUUUAACAAGUUUUUGUACAAUGGAACACUUUGAACUCACACUUUGGCGAAAUGCACUGCAAAAGCAGCCUUGAAGUAUGUUCUUGUUUAAUAACAGCAUCCGCUUUCUCCACAAGAACUGCCCCAACAAUCCU